AUGCCGGCAGAUGAGGACUAUCUCACCUGCGUGGACGUCUGCUGGCCGAAGGCUCUUAGCGCCGCAGCAGAUGGCGCGGUGUUCCUGUGGAGCUUGGAGGAGGGCACCGGCAUUGAACUGGUGCCCCCCGAGGAGCUGCCUGCCAGCUGCAUUCGGACACUGAAGGCGGACUGGCAUGACAAGAAGCUGGCCGUCUCCGGCAACGACGACGGUUACUUGGUGAUCUGGAACCUUGUCACACAGGAGGCCGAGAGCAUCCUGAACUGCAAGGUGGGCAUGGUCUGGUGCCUCUGUGCCGACUGGGCCAAGAUGCGAAUGCUCGUGGGCCACGGGGACAAGGACUUGGACUUGUUGAGCAUGAAGGACGGCAGCAGGAUCAAGGCCUACCCUAUCAAGUAUCAUCUAGUCUCCGUGCUGGAUGUUUGCUGGCCAAAAGCGCGGGCGGUGGUGGGCUUCGACAACGGCUCUCUGCAGAUCUGGGGCUUGCCCAUGGCGGCGUCGCAGAGCUCAUUGAAAGGGCACAAAGACCGGGUCACCGCCCUCUCGGUGAACUGGAAGCUGAAGCGCGCCAUUUCCAGCGGGCAGGAUAAGUCCGUGCGGCUGUGGAACAUGCAGAGGUCCGAGUGCAUCAGGGUGGUCAGUGGGCACCUGCUGGGCUUGCGGUGCCUCUGUGUGGACUGGGACCUAGGCGUCGCUCUGUCCAGUGCCUGGGAUGGCGAGAUGCAGCUCUGGGAGAUCGCGGACGAGGUGGACAUGGACUUUGCCCUGCAGCCCGUGGGGGGCGAGGUGCGCGCCGGCGGGGUGGCGCUGCUGAUUGUCAAGGAGGGCGAGGGGAAGGAGGAGCACUCUGACGAAGAGGUCGAGGAGAUCGAGGCCGACACGUUCAAGUCGCCUCAAAGCAAGACGCCUUCCAAGUGA